AUGGAGGAGUACCAUCGCCCCUGCGACGAGGUUGGCUUCAAUGCUGAUGAAGCCCACAAUAUCGUUAAAGAGUGUAUAGAUGGGGUCUUGGGAGGUGAAGACUAUAAUCAGAACAAUAUCAACCAAUGGACUGCAAGCAUAGUGGAACAAUCCUUAGCACAUCUGGUUAAGUUGGGAAAAGCUUAUAAGUAUAUUGUGACCUGUGCAGUGGUCCAGAGGAGUCCAUAUGGCUUUCACACAGCCAGCUCAUGUUUUUGGGACACCACAUCUGAUGGAACCUGCACUGUAAGAUGGGAGAACCGAACCAUGAAUUGUAUCGUCAACGUUUUUGCCAUUGCUAUUGUCCUGUAG